CAAUAAGAUGUACCCCGAUUCUCCAUCCGCCAUUAGCCCGCGGCCCCGCAAUGCCGACAGAUCGGCUCGCAACCAAAUUAUCUUCUUCUCCACCAAACGACAAUGGGAGUUGCAAUAACGACCACUCAUCGGCGUUUUCGUCACCGGUGACUCCGGAGCCGAGCCAGUAGUCGGAAAACCGAUUUCUGCAAAGAACAUGGCCUUUGGGCUUCUGCCGUGGAGUUCAAUUUCUCUCCGCUCUUCCUCUUUCCCUGCCCUUUCCUUCUCUCUCUCCUCUUCCAAAUGCACCCAAUUAUCCAUCUCCGCCGCCCUCGAAACCGCCGCCGCCGACGAUGUCCAGCAGCUGUCGGCCCGGGAGAGGAGGAGGCUGAGGAAUGAGAGAAGAGAGAUUAAAACCACUACCAAUUGGAGAGAAGAAGUGGAAGAGAGGCUCUGUAAGAAGCCGAAGAAGGAAUUUGCCUCUUGGACUGAGAAGCUCAACCUCGAUUACCUCGCUAAAUUGGGCCCUCAAUGGUGGGUUAUGAGGGUCGCUCGCGUUAGAGGUCAGGAAAUUGUCGAACGCCUCGCCCGUUCUCUUGCUAGGAACUACCCCGACCUCGAUUUCAAGAUAUAUUACCCAUCAGUCCAGGAGAAGAGGCGACUAAAGAACGGUACUUACAUGGUUAAACCAAGAGCUGUUUUUCCUGGAUCUGUAUUUAUAAGGUGUAUCAUGAACAAGGAGAUACAUGACUUCAUUCGAGAGUGUGAUGGAGUUGGAGGCUUUGUUGGCGCGAAGGUCGGGAAUACGAAACGACAGAUAAACAAACCAAAGCCAGUAUCUGAAGCUGAUAUGGAAGCAAUCUUCAAAGAGGCAAAGGAAGAGCAAGAAAGACAUGACCAGGAUUUUCUUGAGAAAGAGCAAGAGAAAGCUCCAAACUCUACCAUACACAAGACUGACUUAGAUACAAAUGGUACUACUGCUACAAAGCCCAAAGGAAGAUUGAAAAAAGCCGUUAAUGCUUUGUCUCCUGGGUCAACUGUUCGGGUGGCAUCCGGGACUUUCGCAGAAUUUGAAGGCUCUCUUAAGAAGCUGAACCGUAAAAGUGGAAAGGUAACGGUGGGAUUCACACUAUUUGGGAAGGAAACCCUUGUAGACCUUGACAUUGGUGAUAUUGUAGUUGAGACAACAAAUUGAGGCGAAUCUACUUUCUCAUUGAUGUAAUGGGGAAGAAGAAACUCAUGAAGUUGGAGGAUAAGUAAAGAGCUCUCAACUCACAGGCACAUCCAUGAACAACCAAUGUAUGGAAGAGAGCUAUGCUGCUUGAAUUUCCAAACAGCUCUCACUUUGAUGAACAUCAAUGGAAAUCAGAUCAACUGUGCUGCCUGAAAUUACUCUGCAAUUGGAAAUCAACAGCUCGAAGGAGUUGGCAGAAGCCCGAAUGUAUUGUUCUUUGACUUUUGAGAAAGCAAAAUAGGGAAUAUUUUGAUCCUUAGAACUUUCUUAAUAAAAAAUUUUCAAAAAAGAGGCUGAUUUGGAAUGUUACAGUCCUAUACACUAAACGUUGUAACUAUUCUAAAAUCAGCUCGAACACCCAACAAGGGUGGUUCACUCGUGGUGGGAGAGAGGAAAGAUUCCUUUUUUUAGGGUACGCCAGGAACAAAUUCAAUAAAGAGGUGGAGUCUGUAUCUCA